AUGGCUGAAGAAAUCAGGAUUCUUGUACAAAAACGGUCAGUCAUCAAAGCUAAAUUAACAAGAUUUAGGACAUAUCUCGAUUCGUAUACAGCUAGACCCGAUAUACAGCAGUUGAGAGAGCGUUUAGCCAAGGUCAGAGAAUUAUGGGAUAAGUUCGAUGACAUACAGACGGAUAUAGAGCUACUUGAGCCUGACGGUGAGUUUGAGGAAAGAAGUGAGUUCGAGCAAUAUUAUUUUGAACUUGUAUCCAAGGCCGAACAACAUUGUGUUUCGUCGACUGUUACACGACCGACAAGCAAUGAUAAUAUAGAUACGAACGUACGUAGAUCGGAACGCACCGUAAAGUUACCGACGAUUAAUCUGCCUAAUUUUGAUGGUGACUAUAACGCGUGGUUAUGCUUCUAUGAUAAUUUUAAAACAACUAUACAUGACAAUUCUGAUCUUAAGCCUGUGCAGAAGCUACAAUAUUUGAAAUCGUGUUUGAAGGGCGAUGCUGCACAAAUCAUAGAGUCACUUGCGACAUCAGCCGAAAAUUACGAGAUUGCUUGGAAUCUGGUCGUGGAACGGUUCGACAAUAAGCGUAUAAUAAUACAGAAUCAUGUAAGGUCUUUAUUUGAAUUGCCAAACAUAGCCAAAGAGUCCUUGACAGGUUUGCGAGCGUUAAUGGACGGUGCGUUGAGGCACUUGCGAGCACUCAAAACUUUAGGUUUGCAGACCGAACAUUGGGAUGCGAUGCUGAUCCAGUUAAUAAUUUUUAAGGUAGACAGGAAUACGCACAAGGAGUGGGAGCGUUCAAUUGAUGGAACUGAAAUGCCCUCCUUGGAGGAUUUAUGGAAAUUUCUAAAGAACAAAUGCUAUGUACUAGAAAAUGUCGACGCUGGAUUUGCAUCGCAGUCCAAGGUUAGUGGAAAACUGCCAUUGAUGCGGGAUGCAAGAAAUAGUAAUGUUAGACAAUCGCAAAAUUGCAUGACCGUCCAGGAGAGGCAGCAGUGCCCGAUAUGUAAUGGAUCGCAUAAUGUAUAUAAGUGUGAGCAAUUGUUGCGUGCAAAUUGUGACGAAAGAAUAUCAUUAGUAAAAACAGCGCGUUUAUGCUUUAAUUGUUUGCGUCCUAAUCAUUCGGCGAACUUCUGUAGAUUUAGACCUUGCUCAAAGUGCAGACGCCGUCAUAAUGAUUUGUUACAUCGCAGUGAAAUUCGAGCGAUUUCGAACUCAGAAGAGAAACAUGAAAACGAUAUUGCAUCACAAAAGAGUCUGCAGGCAGUAGUUGCUUCACACAUAUUUUUAUCUACUGCAUUAGUAAAAAUAUUUGACAAGUUUGGCAAUGCGUAUAAUUGUAGAAUUUUAUUGGACUCUGGUUCGCAAUCUAAUUUUAUUGUAAAUUCUUUAGUAGAGAAACUAAAACUGACAAAACGAAAAAUUAAUGUGCCGGUGUCGGGGUUUGGUCAAGCUCUUACGCAUAUUGAGCAUGCAGUAGAUGCAGAGAUACAGUCUAGCGAUGGUCGCCUUAAUUUAAAUUUGACUUUUCUCGCGAUAGAUGAGAUAACGGAAUAUUUGCCAGCCAAGUAUAUUGAUAAAAGCAAACUAGAGAUACCGCGUAACAUAAGGCUAGCUGAUCCUGAAUUUUGUAAACCAUCGAGAAUAGAUGCGCUUAUUGGAGCAGAGACUUUCUUUCAUCUGUUGUGCGUGGGGCAAAUAAGGCUCAGCGGAGGCUCUAUCGUAUUGCAGAAAACUAAAUUUGGUUGGAUUAUUGGAGGUAGAAUUUAUGAUAGAGUACGAGACGAUAAAGAAACGGUUUGUAAUAUAUCGAUUGAUAAGACGUCAUUACAAGUAGCUAAAUUUUGGGAGAUAGAGGAAUUAAGUGAUAUUAAACAUUUAUCAGAGGAAGAAAGGAACUGCGAAGCGCAUUUCAGAAAGUUUACCGUUAGAGAUGAAAAGGGUAGAUAUUGUGUCAGAUUACCCUUUAAAGGAAAUGUAAAUAAAUUAGGCGAUUCGUAUAAAAUGGCGGAGAAAAGAUUAUUCUCGAUGGAGCGACGAUUAUUGUCAAACGAAGCUCAGCGUGCGGAAUAUUCACGUUUUUUACGCGAGUAUUGUGAAUUGGGACACAUGAUUGAGGUAACGAAUUGUAAUGCAGAGAAGUUGACAGAUGGUUAUUUCUUGCCUCAUCAUGCUGUGUUAAAAACGGAUAGUCUUACGACAAAAUUGAGAGUAGUGUUUGACGCUUCAGCCAGGUCAACCACUGGCGUUGCUUUAAACGACGUGCUUAUGUCGGGUCCGGUAUUGCAGGAGGAUGUAUUCUCUAUUGUCACGCGAUUUCGUUCAUAUUCAUAUGUAUUAACUGCGGACAUCGAAAAGAUGUUUCGACAGGUGCGUCUUCAUCUGGAAGAUACCAAAUAUCAAAGGAUAUUAUGGCGAGAGAAUCCUAUGGAAUCGAUCAGGAUGUAUGGUCUUCAAACUGUAAUCUAUGGCACGAGACCGGGAAAUUACCUAGCAGUUAGAUGUCUACAUCAAUUGGCAAUGGAUGAAGAAGAUGAUUUUCCCCUAGCAUCGGAAGUUUUGAAGAGAGAUUUCUAUGUGGAUGACCUUCUCACGGGAGCAGAUAAUUACGAGAGGGCCUUGCAAACGAAUUGA